UAUCCUUAUCCGAAUUUUACACAACACUAAUUCUCUGACAUUUUAGCGGGAAACGGGAAAGUAAACAAACCUUGUUAUUUAAAUGCUAUACAAGUUGCGCUUUAGCAUCACCUAUAGGAAAUGUGUGGAAGGACAGCAUGUACACUAGAGCCAGACGAUCUGCGAUGUGCCUGCAGGUUCAAGGACAGCAAAGGGAGGGAAUAUAAACCUGAUUGGAAAGAUGCUCCAAAUGGAAAAAGUUACUUUCCCUCUUACAACAUAGCACCCAGUCUCUACACGCCAGUGCUUUUGUCUGCCCAACAUUUCGACGCUGGUGAGUGCAGCAGCCCGCGGGUGAUCCAACCCAUGCAGUGGGGCCUCAUACCGUCAUGGCAUAAGGGUACAGCCAGCGAAAAAGCAUUUGAGACAAAUAACUGUAGAGCGGAGAGCAUGCUGGAGAAGAUGACAUACAAGGUUCCUUUGCAGAAAGGAAGACGAUGUGUCAUAUUAGCAGAUGGUUUCUAUGAGUGGAAGAGAGACAAAGAUGCCAAGCAGCCAUAUUUCAUAUAUUUCUCCAAGCUUCAAAAUGAGCCAGAUAUCAACCCAGUUCAACCCAAUGUGAAAGUGGAAGUAAGAGAAGAAAGCGUUGAAAACAUAAAAGAAAAUAGCACAUGUGGUGAGCUAAAAAGAAUUAAAGAGGAAGGGCAGAAGGAUAUGAAAGUUCAGAUCAAAAGGGAGUCUAUGGAUAACACAAGUACAAUUAGCAACAUUGAUGAUACUGAUGUCAAGAUUGGGGAAAUAAAGACAGACUUUAAAAAGGAAGCGACAGAGGGACCCUGCAACGUGGAACGUAGACUGCUCACCAUGGCUGGAGUGUUUGAUGUGUGGAGACCAGAUCCUUCUAGUGAGCCUGUGUAUUCAUACAGUGUGAUAACUGUGGAGUCGUCUUCAGCCAUGUCCUGGAUACAUCACAGAAUGCCGGCAAUUCUGGCAAAUGAUGAUGAGAUUGAGCAAUGGUUGAACUUUGGAGAUGUCCCAAUGAUAAAGGCUGCAAAGUUGAUCCGUGCGGUCUCGUGCAUUGACAGUCAUCCAGUGUCUUCUGUGGUCAACAACUCGCGACACAACAGCCCAGACUGCGUGAAGAAGAUAGAGAUAGGAAAAACAAAGCAAACAGCAUCGAGCUCCUUUAUGUCAGCCUGGCUGUCCAAAGGUCAAAAGGUGAAAUCAGAAGAACCACCCACAAAAAGGGCCAAGGUCACUUAGGGCUUGUUACCAUGGAAUCCAAGAAAACAUGUUAGUGAUAUGUUGGUUUGGUUGUGUAAAUGUUGAAAGCAUAGGACUGCUUACAAAGAGGCGAAACAUCACCAAAUAAGGUGUCCUGGAAAUAAAUAUAUUUGUGUGUUCAUGAUUAGGAAAAAUCUUGUCUCUGCAUUUACGUUUUGUAUAUCAAUUUUACUAUUUAUAUGAAUUAAAAAUCCAUAUGCAAAAGUAAAAAUUAUAAUUUUUCUGAAAAUAUUUUUGAUGGAAACUAUCUUUGUUGCUGCGGAUAUGGUUAUAUGAAUGUUUAAAGGAAGGAGAAUCUUAUAUACAUGUACAUCACUGUGAAGACACUUACUGUUUGUGUUCAAUAUACUAGUACUUACUGGGAAGACACUUUCACUGUUUGUGUUCAAUAUACUAGUAUUUGCUGUGAAGACACUUUCACUGUUUGUGUUCAAUAUACUAGUACUUACUGGGAAGACACUUUCACUGUUUGUGUUCAAUAUACUAGUAUUUGCUGUGAAGACACUUUCACUGUUUGUGUUCAAUAUACUAGUACUUACUGUGAAGACAUCUUUACUGUAGGUGUUCAAUAUACUAGUACUUACUGUGAGAACAUCUUUGGUGUUCA